AUGCCCCCCUAUGCCGGUAAAGUCCUCGCUGCCCGAAAGGAAUCAGCGGUGUCUACAGCCUAUGGUGCACCGUCAGCCGAGGGAAUGGUAGCAAUACCAGCUACAGGGUACGACGACCCGCCGGAUGAUGGACUGGUGGCGUGGCUCCAGGUUGCUGGAUCUUUCUUCCUAUUCUUCAAUUCCUGGGGUACAGUGAACGCCUUUGGUGUUUUCCAGACAUACUACCAUAUUGGGUUCCUCAGUGACAAAUCACCCUCGAACAUCUCAUGGAUCGGCAGCAUUCAAUCAUUCCUGCUCCUCGUCAUUGGCGUCAUCACCGGGCCUCUAUAUGACGCUGGCUACUUCCGGGCACUCAUCUUGACAGGCACAUCUCUCAUCGUCCUCGGCUUCAUGAUGACGAGUCUCUGCACUCAAUAUUGGCAGGUCAUAUUGGCCCAAGCAAUCUGCAUUGGACUGGGUCAAGGCUGCCUCUUCAUCCCCUCUGUCGCCAUAAUCCCCCAAUACUUCACCAACAAGAAAGCUUUCGCGACCGGACUAGCCUCAUCGGGUAGCAGUCUUGGCGGCGUCAUCUACCCUAUCGUGUUCAGCCAAUUGCAGCCCAGAAUCGGAUUUUCCUGGGCCACCCGUGUUCUUGGAUUCAUCUCACUGACAACCUGCCUGGUCUCGAUCUCCGUCAUGCGUGUCCGUCAGAUACCGAAGCAGAGACGUUCCCUCGUCGAGUUUGCGGCCUUCAAAGAAACACCCUACUCCCUCUUCUGCCUUGCCAUGUUCUUCUGCUACGCAGGAGCCUUUGGUCCAAUCUACUACAUCUCAUCCUACGCUAUAGAUACUCGUGUCAUGACGGCGCGUCUGGCGUUCUACCUCCUACCCAUACUAAAUGCGGCAUCGGUUCCUGGCCGGAUCAUAACAGGUUUCCUUGCCAACACGAUGGGACCUGUCAAUUUGCUCAUCCCCACUGCGUUGACCAUAGGCAUCAUCGCCCUUUGCUGGAUAGGUAUUCACAGCACCGGUGGGCUCAUCGUAUUCGCGAUCCUCUACGGCUUUUUCUCUGGCGGCGUUGUGUCCCUGCCAUCGGUUGGGGACGAGGAUGGGAAUGUGCUCUGUGCUUUGCAGUCUGGGAAGUCUUUGCGGUACACCGAUCUCAGGCGCGAUUCUGGAUGGGACUGGGGGUUGGGUCGGGGUGGCAUUGUUUUCUGGGUUUACACUGUUAGUUACUGGAGUGCUUUUUCUCUUCACACGAUGGGCUCAGGCAGGGACGAAUUUGAGGAUGAAGGUCUGAGGAAGGCGAAAGAGAGGUGGACGGUUCGAAGAGCGCGGUUUGAAAAGGUCCGUGCACCGAAUGCACAGCUAGAGUAA